AUGACAUCAGAGGCGAUCAAGAAGCAGAAUGACUAUAUUGGUAUUCACCGGCCUAUCGUUAUUGGAAUUGGCUUAUCCCUGGGGUUUACGGCAACAACUCUUAUUAUACUACGUUUGUACGCAUAUUUCGUGAUUGUCCACAAGGGUGGACGUCCCCUUAUCGCAGCCUGUAUUUCCCGGAUCUCCCACAUGGUCUUUGCAAAGGAUAUUGGAAAGCCGACUUUUGGUUCGUCUGGACUGGAUGUAUGA